AUGAGGGCACUACUACGGCCCUUCGCGCUGCACGCAGCGUAUACGCCGAUCGAGACAAUCGUCUUCUUCAGCAUCAUCGGCACUCUCGCCUACUUCCACAUCCUCAACGCAAUCAAGCAUUCCGCGUUCCUCUCCCCCUCCUACACCGCCCACUCCCAGGGGCAUUUGACCCUGAGACCGUCCUAUGUACUCCAUAGGAUGGGCGAGUGGGUGGGCGUCCGCGAAACCCGAUGGUCGCGAGAAGUCGAGAAGACCGACCGUGCCCAGACUGUUGCAUUCGAAGUGCAGCAGUUGGUUUUCAAUAUGGAUGAGUCUUGGAAACGAAAUGUCGUUCCUGAAGACGUGCUACCGGUUUAUGCAGCCUUUUCGGCGUCGGCGUCUAACCUCACUCAGUACCUGACCACCGACUUCCCUAUUGAACCGGAGGUGACGUACUCCGAGCUCUGCCACAGGCCGUCCGCCAAGGGCCAGAAAUCUUCGUGCUUCGUCCAUACAUUCAAGACUGCGAAGCCACCUGCAUACUACUACGGAAACUCGCCAACGUUCUCGCAGUCUCAGACACAAGCCCUCGCUUUCGAACCCGGUGCCAGAGAAGAAUUCGUUUCAGCUCUUAAAGAGGCUGGACAAUUCUUUGAUGAUGCUGGAAUCAAAUUCGAGGUCGAACAAAGCACUAGCUCUGUUGUUGAUGAAGUUGACAUUGGCAACAUGGAAAGCAGCAAGUGGGUUGCCUAUGCCAUCCGAACCCUUGCUCUUCGCUUCUGGCAUCUGGCCAAGAAAGCUGAUUCAUUGGAUAUCAUGCUUAUCCUCGCAGGAUACAUCCUGAUGCAUAUCACUUUCUACCUUCUCUUCACUCGUUCCAGGCGUCUAGGUUCAUCAUUCUGGCUUCCCCUCGCCAUUUUCACCUCGGCGAUCCUCGCCCUCCUACUCGCUGUCCCGAUCGCCAUGGCUCUCAAGAUUCCUAUCGAUCCCGUCGCUCUCACGGAGGCCCUUCCUUUCCUUGUCUGCACGGUCGGCUUUGACAAACCACUCCGACUUGCCCGCGCUGUCUUCACCCACCCUCACCUCGUCUUGCCCCCCGGCGACUCGAACGCUCCUCUGGGCGCCUCAUCUCAAGGCCCGCCUUCUCUCUCCCAAUUGAAGCCGGCCCCGAAGAUUGUCACUGAGAGCUUGACGCUCGUGUACCCCCCGAUCAUCAGGGACUACUUUUUGGAGAUUGCUGUGCUCGUCGUUGGUGCUUAUAGCAAGGUCGGAGGACUGCGAGAGGUUUGCGCUCUGGCUGCUCUCAUUUUGGGUAUUGAUUGCCUCUUGCUUUGCACGUACCUCUCUGCGAUUUUGGGAGUUAUGAUUGAGGUCCGCCGUAUCAAGACUUUCCGAGCUCUCACCAAGGCCCGGGCUGAUUCGAUUUCGUCCUUGACUCCAUCCGGCUCGUCCUCCAGUCUUUCUGCUCUUGCCAACAAGCCAAGCGCAAUGGUCCGACCAGCAGCUCCGGCCACACCUCCCACCCUGCGAAAGCGCAUCUCCAGUGCUCUGCUCGGAGGAGAGAAGGGAUCGAGUUUGCCCGACUAUGCUCGUGGUGUCGGUAUCCGUGUGAAGGGCGGUGUUGACAAGGUGAAAGAGUUGGCUAAAGGCGAGGAGUUGGUCAAGGAAGAGAAUCCUGUUGCACGCCUCAAGUUGCUCUUGAUCGCCUCCUUUAUGACUCUCCACAUCCUCAACUUCAUCGCUCCCCUGGCCCCUUCACGAACCAGCAACAGCAACGUCGGCCACGCUGCCAACCACAAUCUCAGCGUCCGGAAGGUUGAUGUCACGACCCCUGCAAUCCGCUCCGUCCUGCACGCCAUCGAAGAAGCCGAGGGAGUGAAGAAGACGCAGAGUCUCGUUGACCAGGCGACCAACAUCAGCGAGGACGAAGAAUAUUCAUUGGGGCUGGACCAGGCGCCUCAGCAAGAGAAGCAACUGUUGGUCAAGAUCGCACCGCCCGUUCACAUCCGCGUCUCCCCUCCGGCUACUUUCGCCUCGCAAGGUGCACCCAGCGCCGCUGGCCAACCAGGCAAGCGCUCGACUUCGGAAAUGGUGGACUCUUUCAUGUCGUCGUGGACCCGCCUUGUUGGUGAUCCCGUCCUGAGCAAGUGGAUCGUUGCUGUUCUCGCGAUCAGCAUCGCCCUCAACGGGUACCUCCUCCGUGGUAUCGCCCUCGGUGCCGGUGUUGGUAGUUUGGGAUUGUUGUUGGUCGGUCGUCGCGCUGGCGGUGUUCGAUUCGAGGACGGAGAGGAUGCCAAGGAGGAGACUUCUGUGUCACAGAACACUUCCUCGACUGCUACUGCUUCUGUUACCCGUGUUGAGAGCCAUGCCUCCGUUUCCGAGCACACCGUUCAGCGCAAGCCGUCGUUCUCGGCCGCCAACGUCAGCACCUUCAACUUGGAAGAUGUCGACAGGAAGCUCAAGGCCCAACGCCGUCUCACUAUCACGAGCAAGAAUAUGGUUUUGCCCUCUCCCAACUCCAACUCUUCUGCCCCCUCGUCCUCUGACGGUUCCGACGAAGAAGAGCCCGUCUACCCUGAAGGUGUCCGAACUUUGGAAGAGUGCCUCGAGAUUUUCGAGAACGGACCUCGCCCUCUUAGCAAGUCCCUCGCCCUCCUCAACGACGAAGAGAUCAUCAUGCUGGCACAGAACGGAAAGAUCGCUGCGUACGCUUUGGAGAAGGUUCUCGGUAACGGACCUGUGGAACUCGAGCGUGCUGUCCGCGUCCGUAGGGCUUUGAUCUCCCGCGCUUCCUCCACCAAGACUCUCGAGAGCUCCCUCGUGCCACUGAAGAACUACGACUAUGGCCGUGUCUUGGGCGCCUGCUGCGAGAACGUUGUUGGCUAUAUCCCCAUUCCCCUUGGUAUCGCCGGCCCCUUGAACGUCGACGGUGUGUCUUAUCACAUCCCCAUGGCCACCGCUGAAGGUACCCUCGUCGCCUCCACCUCCCGUGGUUGCAAGGCCCUCAAUGCUGGUGGAGGUGUCACCACUGUUCUCUUGCAAGACGGUAUGACUCGUGGACCCGCCAUCGACUUCCCCACCAUCAUUAUGGCGGCUGAAGCCAAGGCAUGGAUCGCAAGUGAGGAAGGAUACGGCAUCAUCAAGGAGGCCUUCGAAAGCACCUCCCGCUUCGCCCGUCUUUUGAGCUUGAAGACCAACCUCGCCGGCCGCACCCUCUUCGUCCGUUUCAAGACCGCCACCGGUGACGCUAUGGGUAUGAACAUGAUCAGCAAGGGAACCGAGAAGGCUUUGGAAGUCAUGCAAACUUUCUUCCCCGAGAUGGUCGUCCUCGCCCUGUCCGGCAACUACUGCACCGACAAGAAGCCUGCAGCCAUCAACUGGAUCGAUGGACGAGGAAAGAGUGUCGUCGCCGAGGCUGUCAUUCCUGGCAAGGUUGUUAAGACUGUGUUGAAGACCACCGUCGAGGCUUUGGUCAACUUGAACAUCAAGAAGAACUUGAUUGGUAGCGCGAUGGCUGGCAGCGUUGGUGGAUUCAAUGCCCAUGCGGCUAACAUCCUUACUGCGAUGUUCUUGGCUACUGGUCAGGAUCCCGCCCAGAACGUCGAGAGUUCGAACUGCAUGACGUUGAUGGAAGCGAUUAAUGACGGUGAAGAUUUGCUUAUGACCGUGACUAUGCCUUCGAUUGAAGUUGGUACCGUCGGUGGUGGCACUGUCCUUGCUCCUCAACAGGCAAUCCUCGAGAUGCUCGGUAUUCGUGGCGCACACCCCACCAGCCCCGGCGAAAACGCGCAGCGAUUGGCAAGAAUCAUCGCUUCCGCUGUCAUGGCCGGUGAACUCAGCUUGCUCAGCGCUCUCGCUGCCGGGCACUUGAUUCGGGCACACAUGGCACAUAACCGAAGCACGGCCAACACCCCCGCUGCCUCUGUCCCUGGCACUCCCGGCGGACCAUUGGGUGGGGCGGCCGCGAUCGCACCUCCUCUGCCCGCUGAGAAGGAUUCUAAAUCUGAACCUGCUUCGAAAGGUCCAGCGCCAGGUCCUUUGACACCUUCAUCAUCCAUGGGUUCGCUGCCACCGUACACUCGAUGAUCGCCGCUCUCGUUGCCCUUCUAGACUUCCGUUCGUGUCCACCACUAUACUACCAACCCGUCCUUACACGCUCUCGCUAUCAACUAUCGCAAUCCACGUCUGAAUCGUACCAAGCAAGCAAUAACUCGCAUCUUACAAUCAUCCAACGACAAUACCUUAUAUAAAACACCAUUUAUUUCGUUUCGUUUCUGCUCCCCUUUGUUACUCCUUAAUGUCUCUCGACCCGCUUCGCAUUUAAAAUGUAGCAUAUCCACUUAUGUUUCGGAGUACAUCAAAUUCGCUUUCAAAUGGACUGGCUUGUUUCUUUUUCGGUUAGGCUUUUAUUC